AUGGAUCAUGUUUUGCUAGAUGUCAUAUUGGCAGGAGAGCGUUCCCUUGUCCAAGGCCCGGAAGGGCCAUAUGGCCCAGCAGAGCAUUUGCCCCUUAUUAUCUUUGGAGAUCCCUUAGAAUCAAUGAUCAAUGACGAUUUACAAAUGGCCACCAGCAUUAAAUUUAUUGAUGAAAAUUCUAUCAGAGUAUUCAGCGAUACCACAUAUGAUUCAGAGAUUGAUUUGGGGGAUAGUGAGGAUCAAGAUGAUGACGAGGAAAACAGUGAGAAUUCUGAAAUUGAGUCUGUACAAGAGGGUAAAGGCAAUAAUACUGAAACCUCUAAGAAUAAAAAUAAUAAAAGGUCAUACAGAUGGAGAUACACCAACAAUCAACCCUUGUCAACAAACACAGGACAUACUGUGCAGAUCACACCUGAGGUAGAUGAAGUUAAGACCCCAUUGGAGUAUUUCAAAGAUUUUUUUGAUGAUGAUAUGAUCAGUUUAAUAGCAGAUCAAACCAAUCUUUAUAGUGCGCAAAACAAUAUUGCAAAGGGAAGCAUUGCCACAAAUUCAGAGGAAAUCCAAAAUUAUUUGGGAAUUCUUCUUAGAAUGUGUGUGGUACAUAUGCCAAAAUAUCGUAUGUUUUGGGAGACAAGUACCAGAUAUGAGCCUGUUGCUAGUGUAAUGAGUCGCAGCAGGUUCAAGGAAUUGAAAAAAAAUUUGCAUUUUGUAAAUAAUGAAACUGUGCCACAGAGAGAUGACCCAGCUAAAGACAAGCUCUUUAAGAUUCGCCCUCUCUUCGAAAUGCUCAGGCAGAACUGUUUGAAAGUACCUCCAGAAGAGAAUAAUUCUGUUGAUGAACAGAUUAUCCCAUUUAAGGGAAGAAGCUCUUUGAGGAGGUAUCUUCCAAAAAAGCCAGAAAAAUGGGGCUUCAAAGUCUUCUCCAGAAAUGGCUCAAGUGGGAUCUGCUAUGAUUUUGAACUGGAUGGGGCUCCAAAUCCAGAUCAUGUGCCUGUUGAGAAGCUUGGAUAUCAUGGAGCUGAUGUUGUUAUGAGACUUUGUCAUCAUUUGCCAAAAGACCAAAAUUACAAGCUUUUCUUUGACAAUUUCUUUAAUUACCUGGAGUUAUUGGUAAAGUUGAAAGAGAAAAAGAUCUGGGCAAUUGGCACAUUGCGAGCAGAUAGGAUGCGUGGAUGCAAGUUGAAGUCAGAAAAGGAACUUAAAAAGGAAGGCAGAGGUUCACUUGAUGGAGCAGUGGAUUUCAACUCAGGUGUUACUGUUGUAAGAUGGUAUGAUAACAGAGCAGUGCAGUUGGCAUCAAAUUAUGCGUUCAUUGACCCUCUUGAUAUUGUCAGACGUUUCUCUAAGUCUGAAAGACAAUUUGUCAAUGUCCCAAGACCACUUGUUGUUAAAUUAUAUAAUGCAGAUAUGGGAGGAGUGGAUCUUUUUGAUAUGUUUAGAGCGUUGUACUCUUUAGAUCACAAAAGUAAACGAUGGUACAUGAAGAUAUUCUUCUGGAUCCUUGCAACUUCUGCUAUCAAUGGGUGGCUAAUGUACAGAAGACACUGCAAACAUUUUGGUGUGCCAAGAAAGGAGCAGAUGCCACUUCUCCUAUUCAUUUGUCAAAUAGCAGAUGCAGUCAUCACAUCUGAAAUUGAUACCCCAAGAAGUCGUAGGAGAGGAAGACCAUCUUUAGAGAGGAGCUUAGAAGUGACACCAGUGAGUAAGAGGCCAAGAAGGGCACCAGACCUUCAUGAUACACCAUCUGGCAUAAGCUCAUCUAUUUCUCAGAUGACAUCAGCAAACAUUGGAAUUUCAGAAACUUUUGUGAGAUAUUGGCAAAAGAUAAAGUUUGUUGAAAGCAGAGCAGAGCAAUGUUCAGCAAAAGAUAUGAAAUGCAAAUUGCUGAAAUGGUGUUGGAAUAGUGGCACUAGAAAAAGGUGUUUGCUACUUGUAAAGAUGGUGACACUGAUGACAGAAGUAAGUGGUCGUGUUCCUUACUGA